CCUCACUCAGUCAGUCAGCGGCUGGGAUGCAGCCCUGCAGAGGGACUCUAACCGGCCACAGCGGCGGAAGCUGACGAACGAGCGGACUUGAACCGAAACCGUACUAGUUGGACUCAAAAGUGGCGGAGAGCUCGUCUACUAUUUCGGGAAUGGACGUGGGUACCCGCUGAGCAGCUUCUCGGACUUCUCUGGUAAUUUUCUCGGCUUGAGGGUGGACGCGACGGAAGCGACGGUGGAGGCGACGGAGGUCCGCUCAAGGAGCCGAGGAGCCCGGCGAAGGGAGGCGGACCGUACCCGCUGCUUUCCCGGUGCAGCUUUAAUGAAGAAGACCAGUUGCUGACCUUCUCACCGAAGGGACCCUCCUUAACAAGUAUGGGGUCACCAUGGAAACCAUUUCUCAUCCUCUCAGUCAUCAGUGGCCUUUCAGACUUGGCGUGGGCGUCGCGGCCCAUCUCGUACGCCGCCGUGCUCCGCAUGAAAACCGAGAGCUCGUCGUCGCUGUCCAACCCCCGCGGACGAAACCGGCAGCAGUACGGCGGCGGGCUGGCGGCGCCGCCCGACUGGCCCGUCUUCGCCGGUCACCCUCAUCCGGCGCUCAGUCUCCUUGGCUCUCAGGAGGACUACCGGAGUGAAGAGAGCGAAGAAUUCGGGCCCGUUUUCAUCCAGGAGCCCGACGACGUGAUUUUCCCAUUGGACGGCGGCGGCGGUGGUGACAACAAAGUGAUGCUGCACUGCGAGGCGCGAGGGAACCCACCGCCCGCGUACAGCUGGUACGUCAACGGCACGCAAGUGGACACCGGGGCGGAUUUGCGCUACAGGCUGGCCGAGGGCAACUUGAUCAUCGCCAACGUCAGCAAGAAAGCCGACUUCGGGACGUACCAGUGCCGCGCCCGGAACAACUUUGGCACCGUUCUGAGUCGGGAUGCUCAUCUACAAUUUGCAUACAUCGGAGAGUUUAGCGCAAAAACCAGGGGCGGCGUCUCGGUGCGUGAAGGCCAAGGUGUGGUGCUCAUGUGCACGCCGCCGCCGCAUUCUCCAGAGAUCAUCUACAGUUGGGUGUUCAACGAGUUCCCGUCCUUCGUGGCCGAGGACAGCCGCCGCUUCAUCUCGCAGAUGACGGGCAACCUUUACGUGUCCAAGGUGCAGCCUUCGGACGUGGGCAGCUACAUCUGCCUGCUCAAGAACACGGCCACCAAUGCCCGCGUGCUCAGCCCGCCCACGCCGCUCACGCUCAGGACAGACGGUAUCAUGGGUGAAUACGAGCCCAAAAUUGAGGUGCACUUCCCCACCUCGGUGUUGGCUGCCAGAGGCGUCACCGUCAGACUGGAGUGCUUCGCGCUCGGCAAUCCGGUGCCCACAAUCACGUGGCGCAAGAUCAACGGCAAUAUUCCGAAAAAGGCCAGACUCCGCAAGUCUCAGGCCGUCUUGGAGAUCCCCAACAUCCAGCUGGAGGACUCGGGGACGUACGAGUGCAAAGCUGAGAACCCGAGGGGAGGGACGGCUUUCAAGGGACAUCUGCAGGUCUAUACACUGCCGCAGUGGGUGCGGAUGAUUAAUGACUCUCAGCUGGAUAGCGGCGAGAAGCUCCAUUGGGAGUGCAAGGCCACGGGGAGGCCCCGGCCUACCUAUCGUUGGUUGCGCAACGGUUUGCCCUUGACGUCGCAGGGUCGAAUGGAGAUCGUGAACGGCGAGCUCUCUAUUCACAAGCUGCAGCCCGUGGACUCGGGAAUGUACCAGUGUGUGGCGGAAAAUAAGUACGGCGCCAUUUACUCCAAUGCCGAACUCAAGAUUUUAGCGUCGGCGCCCAUCUUUGUGCCCAAUCCGGUGCGAGUCAUCGCCACGCUGGGCAAGGACGCGUCCAUCGAGUGCAAACCUCGGGCGUCGCCCAAGCCGCGGAUCACGUGGAGGCGAGCCGAUCGGAGGAUACAGCCCACCAAAAGGCUGAUGCUGUUGAGGAACAACACUCUGAGGAUCGUCAACGCCAGCCGCGCCGAUGAAGGCGACUACGUGUGCCGGGCGGAGAAUCAGCUGGGCUGGGCCGAGAUGACGGCCACGCUCUGGGUGAAAGAGGCCAUGCGCGUGGAGCUGAGCCCCAACCGGGUGGAGGUGACGGUGGGCGAGAGCGUGGUACUGAGCUGCAAGGCCACGCACGACACCUCGCUGGACGUCUCCUUCCAGUGGCUGUUCAACCACAAGCCAAUCAGCUUCCAGCAGGGCGGCGGCCAUUUUGAGUACAUCCAGACUGUCCGAGCCAAACAGUCGUCCACGGUGGAUUUGAUGAUUAGGAGCAUUUUGCUGAAGCACGCUGGCAAGUACGGCUGCAGGGCCCAGACCAGCGCCGACACCAUCGGCGCCGAGGCCCAACUUCUUGUUCGAGGUCCUCCUGGCCCUCCCGGUGUGGUCAUCGUGGAGGAGAUCAGCGAGACCAGCGCCACCCUGUCGUGGACCCGCGGCCUGGACAACCACAGUCCGAUCAAUACCUACCACCUGCAGGCCCGCAGCCCGUUUUCAUUAGGAUGGCAAACGGUCAAAACGGACCCGGAACCCGUCACCGGGGACCUGGAGUCGGCCGUGGCCGUAGAACUCAACCCCUGGGUGGAGUACGAGUUCCGAGUUGUCGCCAGCAACGCCAUCGGCACAGGAGAUCCCAGCGCUCCUUCCCGAGGAGUCCGAACUAAAGAAGCUGUGCCCUCAGUGGCGCCGACGAAUGUGAGUGGCGGGAAUGGCCGCAGGCACAAACUGGUCAUCUCCUGGGAGCCCGUGUCUGAGGAGUUCCAAAAUGGCGAGGGCUUCGGCUACAUCGUGGCCUUCCGCGCCAACGGCACCCGCGGCUGGAAGGAGAAGAUGGUGACGUCGGCCGACUCCACCACGUACAAGUACCGCGACGAGACCUUCCCGCCGCUGACGCCCUUCGAGGUGAAAGUGGGCGUGUACAACAACAAGGGCGACGGGCCCUUCAGCCCGGUCGUCGUCAUCUACUCGGCCGAGGGCGAGCCCAGAGAGGCGCCGUCCGACGUGAAAGCUUACGGAAUCUCGGCUUCGCAAAUAAGAGUCACGUGGAGGCCGCCCAACCCUGGACCCGGAAGACCCAAAGGAUACGAGGUGAGCUGCUGGAAAGAGUCCGAGAAGGAGGACUCCGGCUGGACGCAGAGAACCGCAAAGAACGAGACCUCACUGCUCCUGGGGGGUUUGGAAGGGAACAGCCAGUACGUGCUCAACGUCAAAGGCUUCAACAACAUCGGGCAAGGACCCGCCAGUGCCUCGGUCAUGGCCAAGACCAGGAAAGCCCCGCCCGUGCAGCCUCCAGGCAAUCUGCAAUGGAUUCAAGAGGGCAACAACGUGUCUUUAAGCUGGGACCCGGUAAAGGCCAAGGAAAACGAAUCCGACGUCAUCGGCUACAUGGUGUUACUCAAGCAGGAAGGCCGAGGCCACAACCAGGUGACCCGCACCAUCAACCCGUCCACCACGCUGUCGCUUCCCGAGGGCGGCACGUACGUCAUCGAGGUGCGAGCCCUCAGCGAGGGCGGCGACGGGGCGGUCAGCUCGCAAAUUCGACUCGUCACCUCUUCCGGUGUGCGAGCAAAGAGCGGCGAGUGCAAAGCGAACCUGGCGUGGCCCGCGUUGCUCUUGGUUCUGCUGGUGCCUUCAGCGUCCUGGUGAGGCCGCUUCACACUCAUGCUUUUUGAUCGGAGAGGAAUGGAUUCGACCUUUCUUUUUUUCUUUUUUUUUGGGGGGGGAAUUCUCUUUGACGCCGCCGCACGGCGUUGCCGCGGAGGAGGAAAGGUCCGGACGGGGGGAGUUGAGUCAUCUCGUCACCCGUUUAGUUUCGUGUCCAACAUCGCGCUAGUGUUGUGCUGUCGUGUGUAAUGUGAGGAGGGAGUUUUUUUUUUAUUUUUUAUAAAGUGCUCAUCUCAUUGACUCCCGGGGUCUGCGGAGCACGAAAACCUCUCGGAAAAAUGCAGCGGAAGCACGAGCAGGAUCAUCUGGGACGUGCGCAUCGCCCGCCCCCACACCGCCUCUUUCCUCGGGCGGCAGAAAACUCUAAUUUUUUUUUUUGUUUAUUGACCAUACAAGGACAACUCGGACUACUUUUCGAGACUUGCUUUUUGUACACGGUGUUACUUUUUAGAGAAGAAGACGGUGGCGUGUGUCAGCUUCGUUUCUGUUGGUAGCAGCACUUCGGUGGUCACGUUGAUGGAAGUACAGUAGGCAGAAGUAGCGACUCCUGGUGACCAAUAAAUGUGAUGUCUAUUUUUAAAAUCA